GAUCAGCAAGCAACAGUAUAAGAAAACCUUUUUCUUCCCUAUUUCUUCAAGCCCUAAACCAUCAAAUAAUAAGGGUUAUACAGAUCUGAUCACAAAAAAAAAAAUGGAAACUUUAGAUAAAUUGAAGAUCUGGGUAUUGUUAAUUUGCAUGAUAUCUGAAAUGGGUCAUGGGUUUUAUCUUCCUGGAAGUUACCCACACAAAUAUAUUGUAGGUGAUCCAUUAUCUGUAAAAGUCAACUCUUUGACUUCUAUAGAUACAGAAAUCCCAUAUAGUUACUAUAGUUUACCUUUCUGUCAACCUCCAGAAGGUAUUAAAGACAGUGCUGAGAAUCUUGGUGAGCUUUUGAUGGGUGAUCGUAUCGAAAACUCGCCUUAUAAGUUUAAAAUGUAUAAGAAUGAGACCGAGAUCUUUCUUUGUGAAACGAAACCGUUGUCUAGUCAUGAGUAUAAGUUGUUGAGUAAUAGGAUUGAUGAGAUGUAUCAGGUUAAUUUGAUUCUUGAUAACUUACCCGCUAUUCGGUAUACUAAAAGGGAUACUUUUUAUUUGAGGUGGACGGGGUAUCCGAUAGGGAUCAAACUUGAAAACGCGUAUUACGUGUAUAAUCAUUUGAAGUUUACUGUUUUGGUUCAUAAGUAUGAAGAGACAAAUGUGGCUAGUGUAAUGGGAACAGGGGAUGGUGCUGAUGUAAUUCCGGCUGUUGGUAAAUCGGGAUCCGGUGUUCCUGGUUAUAUGGUUGUAGGAUUUGAGGUGACACCUUGUAGUGUUAAACAUAAGCCCGAGUCGUAUAAGAAUUUGAAAACUUAUGGGAAGUACUCGUCUAAAAUCACGUGUGAGGAGAACACUGUUAACAUGGCUAUAAAGGAAAAUGAGCCUGUGGCUUUCACUUAUGAAGUUGCAUUUGUUGAGAGUGACAUUAAGUGGCCUUCAAGAUGGGAUGCUUACUUGAAAAUGGAGGGGGCAAAAGUACAUUGGUUUUCUAUUCUUAAUUCGUUGAUGGUGAUCACUUUCUUGGCUGGGAUCGUUCUUGUGAUCUUUUUGAGAACGGUUAGAAGGGAUUUGACUCAUUAUGAGGAAUUAGACAAGGAGGCUCAAGCCCAAAUGAAUGAAGAAUUAUCUGGUUGGAAGCUCGUUGUUGCUGAUGUGUUUCGGGCUCCUAACAAUCCGUCACUUUUAUGUGUAAUGGUGGGUGAUGGGGUUCAGAUUCUGGGAAUGGCAGUUGUGACCAUCAUGUUUGCAGCUCUGGGAUUCAUGUCACCAGCUUCCCGUGGGACCUUGGUCACUGGUAUGCUAAUCUUUUACAUGAUUCUUGGAAUUUUAGCUGGUUAUGUUGCUGUACGUAUGUGGAGAACGAUCUAUUGUGGGGACCACAAAGGAUGGGUCUCGGUUUCAUGGAAAGUUGCAUGCUUUUUCCCUGGUAUUGCAUUCUUGAUCCUCUUCACAUUAAAUUUCCUCUUAUGGGGUUCACAUAGCACCGGAGCUAUCCCGUUUUCGUUAUUUGUAAUUCUCAUCUUACUAUGGUUUUGCAUUUCCGUUCCUUUAACAUUUGUUGGUGGUUACUUUGGUGCAAAAGCCCCUCAUAUUGAAUACCCCGUGAGAACCAACCAAAUACCCCGUGAAAUCCCUGCCCAGAAGUACCCAUCAUGGCUUUUAGUUUUAGGAGCAGGAACUCUUCCAUUCGGUACCCUUUUCAUCGAGCUUUUCUUCAUCAUGUCUAGCAUAUGGAUGGGUCGGGUUUACUAUGUUUUUGGAUUCUUAUUUGUUGUCUUGAUCCUUCUUGUGGUCGUUUGUGCCGAGGUUUCACUAGUUUUGACCUACAUGCAUCUUUGUGUUGAGGAUUGGAAGUGGUGGUGGAAAUCUUUCUUUGCAUCUGGUUCGGUUGCAUUGUACAUUUUCUUGUACUCUAUAAACUAUCUCAUUUUUGACCUCAAGAGUCUGAGCGGACCAGUCUCAGCUACACUCUACUUGGGUUACUCUUUCUUAAUGGUCCUAGCCAUCAUGUUAGCCACAGGCACAGUUGGGCUCCUUUCAUCUUUUUGGUUUGUGCAUUACCUGUUCUCGUCCGUGAAGCUUGAUUAAAAGAAGUAGUUGACUGUUACAUACUGUUCUAUUCUUCUUGUACCGGUUUUCUAGGAUUUUGGUUGGAUAUACGAAUAAUUAAGUCUGAGUUUUUUUUCUUUACUUUCUGGUAUUGUACUUUCAUAGUUAUUGUACUUUCAUAGCAGGAACUUAGUUACAUAUGAAUGAAGAAGCAGAUGAUUAUUAAGUAGUUCGUAUAA